GUGACAGGUGCCACUCGAGCCGAAGAUCAACUGGGAGUUGAACACACAGCAAGGAUCACACCCCAACAUCACGCAGCGCACAAUGAUCACGCUCGCUCGCAAAAAGAAGGAAUCGGGAAACGGCGGCAAUGGUGGAAACGGUGGGUCCACCACAGGCACACCCGGUACGCUGUCCGACGCACCGAAACGGAUAUCCAUUCGCGAGUUUCUGCUCGUAAAGGAGGUCCAGGAGCUCGAACAAAAUCUCCCGAACACCUGCAAGGUGACGUUCCACGAUCCGAACGUACUGAGCGAGUUUACGCUAGUCAUUAGUCCGAGCGAAGGGUUCUGGUGUGGUGGCCGCUUCAAAUUCAGCAUUCUCGUUCCGGAAGAGUACAACAUGGCGCCUCCGAAGGUGAAGUGUCUUACUAAGCUGUGGCAUCCGAACAUAUCCGUCGAUGGGGACAUCUGCCUGUCGCUGCUACGACUCAACUCGAUCGACGGGCUCGGUUGGGCACCAACACGUCGUCUGAAGGAUGUCAUCUGGGGCCUGAACUCUCUUUUCACUGACCUGCUAAACUUCGACGAUCCGCUCAACAUCGAGGCGGCGGAACAGUAUUCCAAAGACAAGGAUCGCUUCCAGGCGAAGGUGUGCGAGUAUGUGUCGGCUUACGCGAGGAGAUAAUAAUUCAGCAUACGGCCCUCUCCGUGACUCGUUGCAAUCUUCCCUGCCUCCCGGACUGCGUGUUUGCCCCGAGAAAAAAGAACAAGUUAUCCCGUGGAACGAGAGAGAGAAAAAGAAAUAAUGGAUACGGAACCAGUUUUCCUGGUAUUAUCCUUCCUGGUGAAUUGCUUGCUCCACUCGGUUACAGAAGAGGACAGCGACAGAUUAUAACACAAACGUUAACCACAUCCAGCCACCCAGGCGAAAUAUCAAAUGGAACGAUAGGAAAAUGACACGAUAUCUGGAAAUCGCACUAGGUCGAUUACAACGCCUGCAGCGGUUGAUGACUCAUACAUAGUAUUCAAAAACUACUAGAGAACAACCAACCACCAUAUGAAACGAUGAUAUUUUUUCUUUUACAUGAGGAGAUUUUUAAAAGGAACAUCUAUUUGCUCAAUUAAUCUGAUUUAACGCAAAAAAACCUAGAGAUUAUAAAAACUGGAUAUUAUUUGUACGACUUGUUUUUGUGCUUCACCAGGAAGAUGCGCAGGAUUACUCGUUGUACGCGCACCCGACAAAAAGGGACACAAACACCGCCUCUCGCGCUCGCUUAGGAAGGGGCACCACGGUUAAGCAUGUAAUUAUAUUACCGGUAAAUACUGAUAAUCGAAUUUUCGCAUGUAAGUUUAGCAAUGUCUAGAAAUAAAAUUAAAUAAAAAACGCUGUGACUCUAAGCCUCCGUUCAGCCCGCAUUCAUCUUACUCCGCGUGUUUCGUCCUGGAGGGGUUAAUGUG